AUCGUUACUGCCUGCUCCGGCGCCUUCUCAGUACAGGGCGGACCAGAGAGAGAGCAGCCACCGAGGGACAUUAGACUUCUCUGCUUGCUGCAACCAUGGAGAUGAAAGGAACCAAUGGACAAGACCCAAAUUAUGGAGGUGGUUACCAACCUGCAAUGAACCCAGCUCCAGGAUAUCCCCAACCCGCUCCCGGAUUCCCACCUCCAGCUAUGCCAGGACCUUAUGGAUAUGCACAGCCAGCACCAGGAGCAUACCAAGGUCAACCAGGUAAUCCUAACUAUGGCCCAUAUGGAGGAGGCCCUCCUGUACAAAACCAGCCGAUGCUUUCAGGAAAUGUAGCAUCUGCAUGGAUGCCAGCACCUCCACCAGACCCCAAAUGUCCACCAGGAUUAGAAUAUCUAUGCCAGAUAGAUCAACUUCUUGUCCAUCAACAAGUAGAACUACUGGAAGCUUUAAUUGGCUAUGAAUCAAAUAACAAAUACGAGAUCAAGAAUAGCAUGGGUCAGAGGGUGUACUUUGCUGCCGAACAAAACGAUUGCUGUACGAGGAACUUCUGUGGAGCCGCUCGGUCAUUUGCCAUGACUAUUGUAGAUAACUCUGGUCGUGAGGUAGUGCGAAUCAUCCGCCCUUUCAGGUGCUCUGCGUGUUGUUUCCCAUGCUGUCUACAGAAACUUGAAGUUCAGGCUCCUCCUGGAAACGUAGUUGGCUAUGUGAAACAGAAAUGGCACCCGUGUCUGCCCAAGUUUGUUAUACAGAACGAGCGUGAGGAGGAUGUUCUUAAACUGCACGGACCCUGCAUCCCCUGUAGAUGCUGCUCAGAUGUGAACUUUGAGCUGAAGUCACUUGAUGAGGAGUCUGUUGUUGGACGGAUUUCCAAACAAUGGUCCGGAGCUGUAAAGGAGAUGUUUACAGAUGCUGACAACUUUGGAGUUCAGUUCCCCAUGGACCUUGACGUCAAGAUCAAAGCUGUCAUUCUUGGUGCCUGCUUCCUUAUUGAUUUCAUGUUUUUUGAAAAAUCUGGAAAUGACCACUAGAAUGUGAAGAUGGCUGUAAACUGGGAGGGGAAAAAAACAUUUGUUUUAAUUUUUCAGGUUUUUAAAUACAUGGUUAACAGUUUUAUGUAUUUUGUAUUUUAUUUUCAAAUGUAUAAAUAGCACUCGGGUGUUAGUUCCAGGGCGCUUUUGACUUUUUACCCGUUGCCUAUAGGAUGUUCUGCACAGCCGUUGCUCUCAGAACCUGGCUGGUGUUGGACCAGCAAAUUUUACUAUGAACCACACAGCCAAAUAACCAGUUUCUAUGAUAUGGGGUUAUACUCAGUUUCAGCAAUGGUUACCCCCCCCCCCACCACCACCACCACCCUGCUUAGAUUACUUAUUUCUGUGGACUAUGCACUCCAAUGCUUAGGAUUCCUGCUGUGUUUUUGGAAAAACACCAAUCCUGUUUUUGAGAAAAAGCUGGAAGUGGAUACAGCAGGAAGAAAUCUCUCUAAAAAAAAACUGUGAAACUACCACAAACGGUGGCAUUUAAAAAAACAAAAAACUGUGAAACCACCCUUUUUUUCUGGAAAAGCCUGAGGUUUUUGAUGAAAGGGAAAUGCAUAGGAAGGUCUUAAAUGUCUCCUUUCUGCUUGAUCUACUUCUGGCUUUGGCUCAAACUGCAGUUUUUUAAGAAGGCUAACACUAUAUAUAUUUUUUUUUGUAAAAAUAUUGCAUUUUCUGUUUUUUGUUUUUUCAGGUGUUACAUGUUGGCCAAUAGUAAAAUCUAAAACACUGUACAAAUAAACGCCACAAAACUUUUUUUUUUUUUUUUUUUCUCCCCCAUGUAGUGUGACAGAACCCUAAUGCUUCCUUAGGCCGAAUGCACACGGCCGUGAGCGGUCUGUGGAACCACGGGCUAGAUUCCUGCUGAGAGCAGGAGCGAACGGCUUCAUUGGUUGCCAUGAUGCCGUGCACUUCCUGCUGCCGCCGCAAUACAGUAAUACACUGGUAUGAUCUGUAACGUGUGUUACUGUAUUACUGCAGGAAGCGCACGGCAUCAUAGCAAACAAUGACGCCGUGCGCUCCUGCUCUCAGCAGGAAUCUAGCCCGUGGUUCCACGGACCGCUCACGCCCGUGAAACACUGCUGUCUGCAUUCGGUGUUAUAAGAACAAUGGAGAUUUAUCAAACAGGAGUAAGGUAGAACUGGCUUAGUUGCCCAUAGCACCCAAUCAGAUUCCACCUUUCAUUUUCCAAAGGAGCUGUCCAAAAUGAAAGGUGGAAUCUGAUUGGGCAACUAAGCCAGUUCUACUUUACCUUUCCUCCAAUAUAGUAUAACCAAAGAAUAGGCAGCACUCCAAUUUUGGUAAGAGGUGGUGACCCGCUUAUUCCCAGGCAACGUUUCAGCCCACUCAAUGGGGCCUUUGUCAAGUCUGCUUAAACGUUGCCUGGGAAUAAAUGGGUCACCACCUUUUUUGCUGCCUAUUCUUUGGAGAUAGAGAUAUAUAGAUAUAUAUCUAUCUUUUUUUUUAUUUUUUUAUUUAGAUUGCAUUCUUUAUUAGAAUAUAUUGAUUUGCACAAUUUACCGGUUGUUGGCAUUUCAGGUUUCAGAUUUUUAUUAAGACAUUUGCCUUAAAACAAAAUAUCUACCUCCCAUAUAGUGUUCAGAUUUUUAGGCAUUAAAUAAAAUGUAGUGUGUUUAUUUCCUGAAAUCUUUUUGUGCCAAAAAAUAUAGAAACCUUGUAAGUUUAUCAAAACUGGUGUAAACGAAAACUGGCUUAGUUGCUCAGAGCAACCAAUCCGAGUCCACCUUUUGAUUAAAAAAUAAAAUAAAAAUUAAAGGUGGAAUCUGAUUAGUUGCUGUCGGCCAGGAAGCCAGUUCUACUUUACACCAGUUUUGAUAACUCUCCCCUCAUAUGCUGCAUAUUAGAUUUUUGCCGGCUUCUAAUGGGUGCUUUCACAUUGACCAAGAGCAAAAACCAAGAACAUAUUUCUUAGUCUAGGUUCUAAUACCAUAUUUUGGUGCAGUUUUUGAGUAAUUAUUUUUUUCUACAAACCAAUGUCAGGAGUGGAUCUUAUCUUUCUCUUUUGGAACCCUUCCUAGCAUUGACCAAGAGUAAAUUACUCAAUUGCUCUUUGCGAUCAGCGCACCCUAUGCUCUAACCCACCUUCAGGCCUAGUUUUAGUCUUUAGUGCUAACAAUGUAAAUGUUAAUAUGAGGUGAUAUCCUGUAUAAUCCACUACUGUCAUAUUUCUUGUCUGCAUGAGCCUUGCUUUUAUAUCAGUAGUCCCCAAUCCGUGGCUUGGGAGCCACAUAUGACGUGCCACCUGUGUUUGGCAGCUCACCUUACAAAUGGAGGCACUUGCUACAACUUUAUAUCCACAUUUAUAUGCCAGCCAUAUACCCCCCCCCCCCCCCACUUGAAUGUGGCUCCCAAGGUGGAAAUGGUUGGGGACCUCUGCCUUAGGCCUCAUGCACACAAACG